AUGGUGUUGCCUAGGCCUUCGCAAAUUUUGAACAGCAUCGUCGCUUUGCCGGACUGUCCUGCCGCUUCGGCCGCCAACGCCCUCCCGAUCACUUCCAGCAUAGUACUCUGUACGUCCGCUUUCCCCCUCGCCUCUCCUAUGACCUGGAUUUCCUCUUCUGCGUUGACCGGGUUAUCGGCUAAACGAAUCAAGACGCCCCGAUCCGUCAGCCUUUCCUUUCUACCCCCAUCCCUGCCUAGCUCCCCCGUCCUAUCCAAUGCUUACCAGUACCCCGUUGGUUUCCUUGCUCCCUGA